AGGAAACAUGCUGUUGAACAUUCUGAAGGUGCUGAGGUUCCUAAACAGAAACCAGUAUUUCAUAAGAAAAUUGAUCUCAUGAAAUUGGACCAUGCACUGGAUUUUAUCUUCAAUCCAGCAUUUCAUCAGGUUUCCUCUGUUGGUACUAAAGAGAUGAGACUAGAGGAUGGCAGCAUUGUGUCCAUUCCAGAGGUGGUCAGAACAGUCUGGCACUCAACUCUGAUCAAACUCUAUCUGGCAUAUUGUGAAGAGACAGAGUUUAUUCCUCUGUCUAGGUCUACAUUGUUCCAUAUUCUUUGAGUUUGUCCCGCUUCAAGGCGCACAAAUCUGAAGGGUCUGGACAAUAUAACAGCAGAUGGAGAGAGCUCAUAUGAUGUGCUUCUAUCAGUAGUUGCAGAUGUGGAAAAGUACAUAACAGAUGGAUUAUUGCUAAUGGAACUGAAGGAAUGCAAAGAAUCCUUGGCAUCCAGUAGAAUUUAUAUGAAAACAGAUUUUAAAAUGCAUUUGAAACAGACUGACCACUGCAGUGAUCAUUGCAUUAACCAUGCUCUAAAAGAUCCGCUUGACAUUCAUUUCCAGCAAGCAUGUACUGACCACCAACAUGAUGUUGGUUGCGACCGCUGCCAAUUACUUCCAAAAGCAGUUUUAAAUUUGAAGGAAAUCCUGAGCAAUCUCGCAGAUCUUUCCCCCAACACCAGAGAAGAAUUGUUUAUGGAUAUUGAUGCAGCGGUAACAAAGAUUCUUCAAUGGAAAUGCCACAUAAUUAGAACUAUCAAUCAGGAUACUGCUAGGACACACACACUGAAAGAUCUCCAGCCUGGUGAUAUUCUUAUUAUUAUGGACUGGGCCAUGAAAUUCUUACCAAUUACAUUUAGAGAAAAACAGAGCGACUGGUAUGGCCAGAAGGGCAUAAAUUGGCACGUGUCUGUGUGCAUUUACAAGGAUGAAAACUCAAAUUUAAAGCAUAGAACAUUCGCUCACAUGUUGGAUGGAGUGCGUCAAGACUGGUUAGCGGUUGCCUGUCUUUUGGAAGACACACUUCAUCAUGUGAAACUGCAACUUCCCAGUACAACAAGGGCAUUUAUUCGGAGUGAUAAUGCCGGGUGCUACCAUUGCGGCAAUCUAUGGCUUGCCAUACCAGGCAUCAGUAGGCGCACUGGAGUGUUCAUAGACCGCUACGAUUACAGUGAGGCCCAAAGUGGGAAGUCCUACUGUGAUGCUAAAAUAGCCCACAUGAGAGGGAAGUUUAGCAAAGUUGUCGCAUCAGGAUAUAACAUCCUUACAGCAGCCAACAUGAAGUCUGCCAUAGACCUGUAUGAAGGAACAACUGGAUGUCAAGCAGCACAUGUUAAGCUCCAGGGAUUUCCUCCUUCUACAGCUAAGUGCCCAAUAAAGGGCAUAACCAAGAUUUCAAAUGUCAAGUUUGAACCAAAGCAUCUAACAACUUGGAGGGCCUUCAAUAUUGGCACAGGCAAGCAGUUGCCUAUUGAACAUGAAAACAAUGACCUGGCAGAAUUAGAAAUUAUAUCUGAUUUUGUUUUGAAAUCUGGAUCAGUUGGGCACAUUCAAAACCCCAAAGAGAGCAAUGAUGUUGUUGAUUCUUCAGAUGAUCAUGCUUUUAAUUGUCCUGAAGCAGGAUGUACCCAGAUCUUCACAAGAUACAGUGAGAUGCAAAACCAUUGCUUAAUCGGCAAUCACACUUACCAGCUCCAAGCAAGGUCAUCUUAUGAUGAUAUAAAAAUGAGAUGGAUGGAUGCAUGUUGUACACUAUCAGAAGAUACUCUGAAAUAUUCUAAAACCGGAGAAGGGGUCACUGAGCAAGUGUGUGUGCAGUCUGAUAUGGGUUGGGCUUUGAAAAAAGAGAGAAAAAGUGCUAGAUUCUCAGAUGACUUGAAAUCAUAUCUUAGUGAUAUAUUCUUGCAAGGAGAGAGUAGUGGAGCAAAGGUACAUCCAUCAGUUGUCGCUAAAAACAUGAGAGUUGCUAAAAAUGAAAAUGGAGAAAAAAGAUUCAGUGCAAACCAAUAUUUGGCUGUUGGUCAAAUCUCAUCUUUUUUUUCAAGACUUUCUGCAUUGAAAAAAACGUCCUCCACAGAUAUCAGUGAUGAUGAUUUGGAUGCAGUUCUUUUGAACAUUGCUAAGGCCGAAACAGCUGCAGAAUUUCAGUAGGAAUGACAUAAUUGACUGAGAUAGAAACAUUACUCAUUUUGUGACAAGGACUGAAAUUGUUUGAUACAUAGAUGUAUAUAACUUAUGCAAAGUGUUUUUAUUGUGACAAUAUCUGUAGAUUUUAAAAGAAAGCUGGGUGGUUAACACAUUACUCAUCAGCUCUUAGUAACCUUUAAUUUUUAGAUAUGACGUGCUAAGCUAAAGGAAAUCAUUAAAUUUCAGCUGGUGAACGUCAGUAUUUUUUAAAUAUCUUUAUAAAGAGCUCUUCCCUUUAAGAAUACCAGUGAAUACUAUCUUACAAUGACCUCAACCAUCCAGCCCUGUUAAUUCAUUCUUGUUUUAUGAUAACAUGGUAUCAUUUCAAUUGAAUUGAUGUACAAGAUUGUGUGUAAUGGGAUGAGGGGUGAGCAAAACUCCAUUUUUAACGAAUAAUCUACAUGAACAGUCUCUUCAGAUAUUAUGUACGAUAAUAAGUAAAAUUAUUGUCUGAUAAUGAUUGCAUCGGUUGACCAAUACACCACUGGGUAGUAAUUUAAAUACAAUUUACAUGUAAAAUUAAUACAUAAUUGAUACUUUGACCAAAAACCAUGCUGAUAUAUUGAACCCCAUGUAUUUUCAUAUGAAUAUCAUCCUCAUAGUUCCUACUUGCUGAAAUUCUCUAGAAGAACAAUUAAAUGUGGAAGCUCAAUUUAAUUUGUUUUUCAUAUUUUCUUUAAUAGGAUUAAAUAGCUCAAUCACAGGUAUAAUAAUAUAAUUAAAUUCAUGUCAAACAAAAAAUGUACAUAGGUUAUUAAAAAAAAAAUACUGUGCCUAAUGGAUUAGAUAAGUUUUUCUCCUUAAUUGCAAAUUAUUUCAAGAAAUAUAUAAAAAUGGACUGAAAAUCUUGUAAGACAAUUGCUCUGCAUGAUUUAGUGAUCGAUGUGUUCAAAAUUUUAAUAUUUGGCUCAUGAUUGAAAGCGCCCAAAUGUAAGGUAUUGAACAGAUAUCACAUUCUUACCAUCACCUGCAUAUCAAUUACCUAUUGGUCUAUUCAGGUGUGCUAAGUUAAACAAAUUGUUAAAAUGUCAAAAAACAGACAGUAAAUGGUCUGACAAACCACUGGUAGUUAAAGAAAAUGAAAAAAGGGCAAUUUAGCAAAAUUCACAUUUUCGCAAUUCUAUUAUAUCAUGAUAUUAGAGGUAUUGUGACAUAGUAUUGAUACAUUUCCCAAAGAAAAUAUUAUGCAUAGUUUAAAACAAAUGACCUUGAACUUGCCUAAAUGACCCUGGGUCAAGAUGAUGACACACAUUCAGAUCUUUUGCAAUCUUUGACAAAUUGUAUGAAGUGAAAACUCCCCCAGUUUCUAUUCACUGGACACAAAUAAUGCACUUUUUCUUCAAGUGACCUUGAACUUAUCUAAAUGACCUUGAGUCAAGGUCUUGUCACACCUCGGGCCAUCAACAGUUUUUGUGUGAUAUAGAAAUUCCUAAUCAUCAUGUUACUCCAAAAGAAAUAUAUGGAUCAGACACUUUUUAUUUAAGUGACUUUGAACUUGUCCACAUGACCUUGGGUCAAGGACACAACACAACCUUGUUUCCUACAAAUAUUAUAAUUGGUGGAAAAAAAAUCUUUUCAUAACAUUUAUCUGAUUUAUGCAGUAAAACUUCUAAAAUGUGUGUUCUUAAAGGGAUUUGUUUGUAUUUUCAGUAUAAAAACAACCAUUUUUUGUUGCCUAGCAACGGGCAUAUUAAAGAAAGAGCCCACGGAAAUAAAAGUAGAUAUAAUUAUUUCAUCUCCUAUUUAUUCAUUUUGAAUAUACUUACCAUGCAUAUUUAUCUGACUUUUUUUGCUUUACUAAAUUAAAAUAGACUAAAAACUGCUUAAAACGCUGAUUCAGCAAAAUUUGAAAAUGACCUAUCUUUUGAGGAUCGGUAGAAAUAAAUUCCUUUAUCUAUUUAAUCUAUUUUGGUGAUGAUUAUAGUAUAUAAUAUAAUGUUUUUAAGAUAUCAGAUUUUGUUUAAUCAGAUUGAUUCUUAAAGAUUAAAUUUUAACAUCUGAAAUGGUGAUAGUAUACCAAAACCAUAGAGCAAAUUCAGCUCCGUUGCUAAGGGAACUAUCUUUAACUGAUUUCCAUAGCAACGUUUCAUGAAUUUAAUUUUUAUUUUACAUACACUAUA